AUGAGCAUGGCUAAGAACCGAAAAAAGGGGGCUGUACUUCAUUUUCUUCUCAUUACAAGUGGACUAAUUGACUUGAGUGCGGCUGAAAUCUAUACGAUAGCAUCAGAAAUGCUAGAGACUUAUACACCGCCAAAAGAGUCUAGCUUCACACUACCUACUAUGAAUGUGGUAAAAGAAAGCAAGAACUUCUCACGCUUAGCAGAAAAAGCAGUUAAGUCUGAAAAUGCCACAGAAAAUGUAGAAAACCCAGCAAUAGUAUCUGUAAAAAGGCGCCAGAAGGAUCUUUAUAAGCUUUUGGAGGCAAAAGCGUAUGCAGAUUCAGCACAUGUUAUCUACAAUUCCUUGUAUAGAGAAGUAGCAGACGCAUGCUUGAAAAGAUUUGAGUUACUAAAAGAAUACCACGAAAAUUUCAAAAAAGCAAGCAAUAUGGAGAAGAUUGCUAAUGAUUACUAUUUAACAUAUUCUAAUAGAGCAUAUUUGCCUGUUGAGGCGUGCAUAGAUUAUAGCGAAAAAGCAAAUAUGUUAGAGGUCUUUUCUUCCAAAAUAAAAGAACUGACUAAAUCUAAUGAAGUUUCUAUUCAUGAGUGUAGGUCUCAAAGAGCUCUGGUGCUUCAAACCAAAGAAUUGAAUAAUAUCUCAAGAAGGCACCAUAUUGACUAUCUAUUCAAUGUGGCAGAGCUUCAGAAGAAAUUUAUUGUUCUAAUGAAAAAAGAGUUGAGUCUUAUAAAAUGUGUAGCUGCUAAAGAAAAGCUAUUAUAUUCAAUGAGAAAAGCCGAGACAGCGCACGCGCAAGCCACAUCAAAUGAGCUAGAGGCGCUGCAAAUGGUAAUAGGGGUGCAUUUACAGCACAUAAAAUACAUGGAUGCAUCCAUUGCUUUGCUAGAUGACGCAUGCACACUCCAGCAGGAUCUUAUACUGAAGGCAAUUCAGAGGAUGGAUAUGUAUAUAUUGUAUUAUGCGGCUGUUAGUAUGUAUGAAAAGAAGGGAGAAAAUACGCCCUUGUGCAAAAGUGAAUUUAGUGGGCAAGCAAACCCCAUAUAA